AUGGUGCCAUUCCCACUUCCCCCGCCUUCACGUCCUGACAUCCCCUAUUCUCGCACUAGCUCCCCAUCUCUUCAAACUGACUCCUCUGAUGCUGUAGUGACUGGUGUCGAACUUAUGAUCUCUGGGCUGAACCGUACCUCUGUCCAGUCCGCCCAUGCACACUUUUCGCAACUACUGUCUGACUACAACCUCGCCAACCCGACACAGGCUCUCCCUCCAUUGCAGAUUCACCCCGGUGACCCUCACAAUGCCGUCGAUUAUGUCUUCAUCGCCCUUCAGCCAGCCCUCAGCUCUGAUCUGCGACCAGACAUCCUUGAACAUGUCCGUAAGAUUCUUGAUGGCCGCAGCAGUCUGCAUGCCGCUUGGAGAACUGGGAGUGGGCCAGACCGAACUCGGCGAGUCAUGUUCAUUAUGAAUAAUGAGCAGCAUGCUCGAGGAAUGCAGCCGAGGCUCGAGAAAUGGCUGAACGACUGUGACAUAGCCUACCAGACAUGCAUUCUCAGCAAGCCCUCUGCAGGCUCCUUUCGCAUCACCUUCGACAUCCUCAACCCCGUACAUGUCGCCCAGCUUCUCGAUCAGCCUCCAAUCUUUGACCGGCGCACAUACCCGGCCACUCAGUCUCGCUCUAUCACUCCCAUAUAUGGCCUUCAGGUAGCCGUAGCAGGAUGCGGAGAGUUCCAGGGCAUCGAGGGACGGAUCAAUGCGUACAUUCGGUGCCGCUAUGGUGGCGACGCCAUUGCAUUCAGCCAAAUGGCAAUGGAUGGCGAAGUAUACACUGUCGUCCUCAAAGACUGGGGCACCACGUCUUGUCUCCUGUCCGACCCUUUCGAAUUCCUCUCGGACUUCUCCAUACCACGCUUCAUCACCCUGUCACAACCUAUUCUUCUGUAUCUACUCAACAGCGCGGGCGUUCCCCUUAACCCUGCCUACCUCUCCCGCUCUUCUCCAGCCGCCGCCUCCGAUCAGCGUAACCUACAGGCACAGAUCGAUGUCUUGCGACAGCAGGGGGUUGAGACCGUACACACCUUUAAUGAGGUACUCAAGCAGCAGCACUCGUUGAUAUCUGCGAUGCAAUCUCAGGGAACCCAUAUCAUGUCGGCGGUCUCCAUGGUCGCAUCUUCAGUCAACGUAUCCACUCAACUGUCCUCACUUGAGCAGGACAGACACGUCGUCCCGCUACUCAUCAUGCCACGGUCACAUGACCAUGCUAUGCCGUUGGGUCGAUGUCAAUAUUCAAACUCAAUGAUUCCCACGGGGGACCUCUCAGAGGCCUCUCACACGAGGUUCGAGACUAGGGCGCCAAUUCCUUUAUAG